AUCUUUUCCUUUCUCUCAAAUUUCUUCUUUUUAAUUUUUUUGUUUUUAUUUUUUGAAGGAUUGAUAAUGUGUGGAGAUUUAAAGAUAAUAUGUGUGUUUUUAUUAAUGUUGAGUUUAUUUGGGGAUAAUUAUGGUACAAAAGGAGAACCACAAGUGCCUUGUUAUUUUAUAUUUGGUGAUUCAUUAGUGGAUAAUGGAAAUAAUAAUGUGAUUAGGUCAUUGGCUAGAGCUGAUUAUUUGCCUUAUGGAAUUGAUUUUCCUGAUGGACCAACUGGAAGAUUUUCCAAUGGUAAAACUACUGUUGAUGUCAUAGCUGAGCUUUUGGGUUUUGAUGAUUAUAUUCCACCUUAUGCAACUGCAAGGGGUAGAGAAAUACUUGGAGGUGUCAAUUUUGCAUCUGCUGCUGCUGGAAUUAGAGAAGAAACUGGCCAACAAUUGGGAGGAAGGGUAACAUUUUCAGGUCAAGUAAAUAAUUACAAGAACAUAGCUCAACAAAUAGUGAGAAUAAUUGGAAAUGAAAAUUCAGCUGCAAAUUAUUUGAGUAAAUGUAUUUACUCAAUUGGAGUUGGAAGUAAUGAUUAUCUCAACAAUUAUUUUAUGCCCCAAUAUUAUUCAACAAGUAGACAAUUUACUCCUCAACAAUAUGCCAAUGUUCUUAUCCAACAAUACACUCAACAAUUAAAGACAUUGUACAAUUAUGGAGCAAGGAAAUUUGUGUUAAUUGGAGUGGGCCAAAUUGGAUGCAGCCCAAAUGCUUUGGCCCAAAACAGCCCAGAUGGAAGAACUUGUGCUCAAAAUAUUAAUGUGGCAAAUCAGUUAUUUAACAAUAAACUGAGGGCACUUGUGGAUAAUUUAAAUAGAAAUACACCAAAUGCUAAAUUAAUCUACAUUAAUGCUUAUGGAAUAUUUCAAGAUUUAAUUGACAAUCCCUUUGCUUUCGGAUUUAGAGUGACGAAUGCUGGAUGUUGUGGAAUAGGAAGGAACAAUGGACAAAUAACAUGUCUACCAUUUCAAAAUCCAUGUCCAAAUAGAAAUGAAUAUUUGUUUUGGGAUGCAUUUCAUCCAGGUGAAGCUGCAAAUAUAAUUGUUGGAAGAAGAUCUUAUAGAGCUCAAAAGUCAACUGAUGCAUACCCUUUUGAUAUUCAACGUUUAGCACAAUUGUGAAGAAAAAAUAAAUAUGGUUAUUAUUA